AUGAAGAAUUACAUUCAUUACUGCAUCAUUGUAUUAACUGCAGCAGGUGAUAUCAUCAAACUACUGGCACCUGGUAACACUGCAACAAGAGCACUUGGUAUAAGCAACCUUAAGAUAUCAACAACAAUAUCAACAACUGGUGUUUAUUAUUGUGGUUGGAGAUAUGGAGGAGAGUUUGAUGUUAAUUCAUUUUAUUCAUUUGUUGGAUGCCGCAACUACACUGGUGUAAAUGAAACAAUCAUUUGUGUUAACAAUGCUGGUAUAGUGACAUCACAACUAACAUUGUUACAACCACAAUACAAGGAUUUGAAUAUAAACAUGCAAUGUUCUCCAUCACCAAGUGAUUCAGUGAAUAUUGUUCUUAAAGCAUGCCCAACUGGUAUUAUAUCUCCUGGUGUGAUCCUGUCUAAGCAAAGCACAUCACCAUGUGGAUAUGGAUGUACAGCAAGAUUUAGUUGUGCUGCUGGAUAUACUGGAAACACAGUGGAUGCAACUUGUAAUGAGCAAGCUACUUGGAGUCCUGCACCUAACUGUUUACUUGUUUAUCCAUAUUUAACCAUCAAUCUGCCAACGACUAACAACAAAACAACAAGAGCACUUGGUAUAAGCAACCUUAAGGUAUCAACAACAAUAUCAACAACUGGUGUUUCUCGCUGUGGAUGGAGAUAUGGGGGAGAGUUUGAUGGUGGUUCAUUUUAUAUUAGUGCAUUUGUUAGAUGUUAUAACUACACUGGUGUAAAUGAAACAAUCACUUGUGUUAACAAUGCUGGUACAGUGACAUCACAACUAACAUUGUUACAACCACAAUACAAAGAUUUAAAUAUAAAAAUGCAAUGUUCUCCAUCACCAAGUUAUUUAGUGAAUAUUGUUCUUAAAGCAUGUCCAACUGGUGUUAUAUCUCCUGGUGUGAUUCUGUCUAAGCAAAGCACAUCACCAUGUGGAUAUGGAUGUACAGCAAGAUUUAGUUGUGCUGCUGGAUAUACUGGAAACACAGUGGAUGCAACUUGUAAUGAGAAAGCUACUUGGAGUCCUGCACCUAACUGUUUACUUGUUUAUCCAUAUUUAACCAUCAACCUGCCGACGACUAACAACAAAACAACAAGAGCACUUGGUAUAAGCAACCUUAAGAUAUUAACAACAAUAUCAACAAAUGAUGUUUCUAUUUGUGGAUGGAGAUAUGGGGGAGAGUUUGAUGGUGGUUUAUUUCAUUCUGGGUUUGGAUGCAGCAACUACACUGGUGUAAACGAAACGAUUACUUGUGUUAACAAUGCUGAUAAAGUGACAUCACAACUAACAUUCUUACAACCACAAUACAAAGAUUUGAAUAUAAACAUGCAAUGUUCGCCAUCACCAAGUUAUUCAGUGAAUAUUGUUCUUAAGGCUUGUUCAUCUCCAACCCCCAACAAUGUUCCAGUCAACCCAUCAAGUGGUGGCUACAACACUCAAGCUAACUUCCAGUGUUCCCAUGGUUCAACUUUAUUUAAUAUAAAUGGAGCAACUGAAAACACUGCGACCAAAUGUCUUGCUACAGCAGAGUGGGAGAAUGAAAAGAUAGUUCAAUGUUGGGCAGAACCAACUGCAGUUUUAUCAGGAGCUAUUAUUUACAAAGUUGGAGAGAGAGCUACAUUUCAAUGCACAACAUCUAAUGUGGUACCAGCUGUGUAUAAAGUUGAAAUAUAUUUCAAUGGAAUUAAACAAGUUACUGGUAACACAUGGACAAGCAAUCCACUGGAUAUUUCAAAUGAGGGAGAUAUAGUGGAAUGUAGAGCUAUAAAUAACUACACUGCUAAACCUGAAUAUGCAAACUUAGGAAGAACAAACAAAACAAUCUCCAUCAUCUAUCCACCACAAAAGUUUAAAGUCACAAACGCAAUGAACAAUGUUUGCUUGUGGGAGAUUGGAACAACCCAGUAUUGUAACGUCACAUUCAAACUUAAACCAUCUUUCUAUACAACUAACUUAACCAGGAAAGGCAAACUUGUUACAAGUGAUUUGUUUGAGAUGCAGAGAAUGAAUGAAACACAAAGUUUUGUUUACAUGAAAAAUGAGGUGAAUUAUAAUUUAUAAUCAA